GAGGAAGUGACACAGAGUAAGCUAGUUAGCCAGCAAAGUGCUGUAGGUUUCCACACUUAAGACGGUAGUUCUGUGUUAUUUUGCCUACACGGCUGUGUUUUCUACGCAAGUAUGCAUUGGUGCGGCUAGUUGAGGCUAGUGUUAGUUUGUUUAGUAGCUGUAAAUCGUCUCAAAUUAGCCACAUGCUACGCUAGCAAAUGUCAACAUCCCAAGCAGUUUGAGCUGUUGAGGAGAGACUGCUCAGGUGGUUUAUCAUGAAGACCAAUAAGUCAUACAAGCUUGUGUUACACAAGAAAGGUUUUGGUGGAAGUGAUGAUGAAUUGGUUGUCAACCCAAAAGUUUUCCCUCAAGUCAGUUUAGGGGAUAUAAUUGAGAUCGCACACCCCACAGAUGAAUACAGUCCUCUCCUGCUGCAGGUGAAGAGUCUGAAAGAGGACCUGCAGAAAGAGACAAUCAGUGUGGACCAGACUGUAGCACAAGCCUUCAAACUUCGUGCAUAUCAGGAUGUCAUUGUUAACAUAGUCGACCCUAAGGAUGUAACACUGGACUUGGUGGAGCUGACUUUCAAGGACCAGUACAUCGGCAGAGGAGACAUGUGGAGACUAAAGAAGAGUCUGGUGAGCACAUGUGCUUAUGUGACGCAGAAAGUGGAAUUUGCAGGAAUCAGAGCCCAGGCCAGUGAACUCUGGGUGAAGGGAGAGAAAGUGACCUGUGGUUACAUCAGUGAAGACACCAGGGUGGUGUUCAGGUCCACAUCUGCGAUGGUAUACAUCUUUAUCCAGAUGAGCUGUGAGAUGUGGGACUUCGACAUCUAUGGGGAUCUCUACUUUGAGAAGGCUGUAAAUGGGUUCCUGUCUGACCUUUUUGCUAAGUGGAGGGAGAAGAACUGCAGUCAUGAGGUGACAGUUGUACUUUUCUCACGUACAUUCUACAAUGCUAAAACUAUUGAUGAAUUUCCUGAGAUUCUAAGAGGCUCAAUCAGACAGGAUCACGAGGGACGUUUUUACGAAGACUUCUACAGGGUCGUGGCUCAGAACGAGAGACGAGAUGAAUGGACGUCAUUACUGGUCACAAUAAAGAAGCUUUUCAUCCAGUAUCCUGUCCUGGUGCGACUGAAAGAAGCAGAUGGUUUUCCUGUGGGUUAUAACUCAACUGCUGCUCAAGGAAACUACCUGGAGGCCAUUAACCUUUCUUUCAACGUAUUUGACAAGCACUACAUCAACCGUAACUUUGACCGCACUGGACAGAUGUCAGUGGUUAUUACACCCGGUGUAGGAGUGUUUGAAGUGGACCGACUGCUUAUGAUUCUCACCAAACAGCGAAUGAUCGACAAUGGUAUUGGGGUAGACUUGGUGUGCAUGGGAGAGCAGCCAUUGCACGCAGUACCAUUGUUCAAGCUGCACAACAGGACGACCCCUGGAGACUCUCGUGUGGGAGACGACUAUAACCUGCCUCACUGGAUUAACCACAGCUUCUACACUUCCAAAAGUCUGAACUCUUGUAGCUCCUUUACCCCUCGAAUCAAACUGGCUGGUCAUAAGAUUCAUGCUGAAAAAUUCAAGAGCAGCAAAGACUACACUCUCUGUGCUCCAAAGGACUCUGACAACACCUUGCCCAUACAGGUGGACUAUGAUGCCUAUGAUGCCCAGGUGUUCAGACUUCCUGGUCCUUCCCGAAUUCAGAGGAGCACCAACUUCAGGAUGGGUCGAGACAAAGAGAUAAGUGGGAGGAAGAGCUGGGGCUCGGUGGAUGUCAGUGCAGGCAUAGGGGCGUCCCCUCCUGUACGCUCUGGUGGUCCUGAGGAACAGCGUAGCCUGGCCUCUGAUGAUAGUCUGGGUCCAGUGUCCAACAUGCUGCUCAUACCCCGCAUGCCUUCUGCCCAAUAUGAAGUCAGCAGUUCUUUGGGAUACACAAGCACCAGAGAGUUGUUGGAGAAGAUGAUGGACUCUCAGCGGGACUCCAGUGCCCCGGGCAGGUUCACAGUGGGAAGUGCUGAGUCGACGCUGCACAUCCGUCCAGGAGGUUACACCCCACAGAGAGCUCUGAUAAACCCCUUCACCCCUUCUAGGAUGCCUAUGAAGCUCACCUCCAACCGCCGCCGCUGGAUGCACACUUUCCCAGUCGGUCCUUCUGGAGAAGCAAUCCAGAUUCAUCACCAGACCAGACAAAACAUGGCUGAACUGCAGGGCAGCCAGCAGAGAGAUCCUGCUCACACCUCUGCUGAGCUACUGGAGCUGGCUUAUCAUGAGGCCACUGGAAGGCGAACAACCUCUAGGCAAGCAGGAGAGAAUGGCCUUUACAUUGGUGGAGGGAUGGAUGAGUUCACUGGAAGUCCAGGGAGCAAUAACAGUGGAACUCUGACUAACCAUGGCUCCUCAUUUGAAGACUUAUCCCUCACCAGUGCUGAUCCAACCCUGCUGCUGUCUGCACCCCCGACAGUGCCCAGCUUCUGCUGCACAGUGGGGGUGGACUGGAAGUCUCUGACCACACCGGCCUGCCUGCCCCUCACCACCGACUACUUCCCUGACCGCCAGACGCUGCAGAAUGACUACACCGAAGGCUGCUAUGACCUGCUGCCGCACAGUGACCUGGAGAGGCGUGAAGAUGAAGGUCCAGUGAUGAGUGCGUCUCAAGUUUUUGAGGAGUUUAUCUGUCAGAGGUUGAUGCAGGGCUACCAGAUCAUCGUCCAACCAAAUAACAGGAAACCACAGCCUACUGUAGCCACACCACUUGGUAGUAGCCCUCUUUACUCCAGAGGUCUGGUCUCCCUCCGUCGGGCAGAGGAGGAGGAGACCGUUUACUGGCUCAGUAUGGGCCGGACCUUCCAUAAAGUUUGUCUCAAAGACAAAAUAAUCACUGUCACUCGCUACCUGCCAAAGUACCCGUACGAGUCAGCUCAGAUCCAGUACAGUUACAGCCUGUGUCCUCCACACUCUGAUGCUCAGUUUGUAUCCUGCUGGGUAGAGUUUGGCCAUGAGAGACUGGAGGAAUACAAGUGGAACUACCUGGACCAGUACAUCUGCUCUGCUGGCUCUGAGGACUUCAGUUUGAUUGACUCUUUGAAGUUCUGGAGGACUCGCUUCCUCUUGCUGCCAGCUGGAGGGGCUCGGCGGGUGGCAGAUGGAGAGGGGCACUGGGAUGUUUAUGGAGAGGGAGCAGGUGCUGGGGUGGGUGGCAGUGGGGACUGGGUGCUGCUGGAUGGCUUCAUCCGCUUCCUGGAGGGUCUCAACCGCAUUCGGCGACGCCAUCGCUCCGACAGGAUCAUCAGACAGAAGGGCACGCCACUGAAAGGACUGCAGGUUACCAGUCCUCUCCCUCCAUAUCCUUCCGAGCCUGUGCCGCCUCCACAAGGCAAAAAAGGCACUUCAGCUUUAUCAGCUCUGCUGGAGAUGGAGCAGAACCAGAAGACACUGGAGGAGCAGCAGCAGCAGACAAAGUCCUCAGCCACCUUCAGUGACCCCACAAGUGUUGCCACAGCCUCCGCAUAUGUGGACAGUCCUCGCAAGGACGCUGCCUUUAUUUUGGAUUUUAUUCGUAGCCCACGCUCCUCCUACAUCUAUCACUCUCAGUUGCCUGCUGAAGCCAAUGAGGCUGCGGAUAAGGGAAUGCAGCCUGGAGUGACAGCUGGAGCAGCAGCACAGCCUGCAGGAGACACUACAGUCAACAGCAGCACAGACACCAGUGGCCAGUCUGUAGUGGGAGCCCUCUCUCUGUCCUCUUCCUCAACACUGUUGGAGAUCCUGGAAGCCAUCAAACAUCCCACGACAGGUGUUCAGCUGCUCCCAGAGCAGAAGGGUCUGCCACUCAACUGCUUCAUCAGUGCGGAGGUCGUUCAUUGGCUGGUGAACAAUGUGGAGGGUGUGGCUACACAGGGGAUGGCUGUGGAUAUUAUGCAGAAAAUGCUAGAUGAAGGUUUGGUGGCCCAUGCUUCUGGAGACGCGAUGCGCACCUUCAUCUACGGCUUUUACUUCUACAGGAUAGUCGGAGAAAAGGAUGGCCCGACCUCCCAGCUCCCUCCCACAGCAGCUGGAGGCUGGUCUGCUGCAGCCCUGGAGGACUUUGCCCUGUUCCAGAGGAAGUGGUUUGAAGUGGCUUUUGUGUUAGAGGAACGGCGACCCUGCGAUCUCCCGGCCUUCCUCCUGCCCUGGCUCCCCAGCCGGCCGGCCUCCUACGCAAGUAGGCACAGCUCCUUCAGCCGCAGCUUUGGAGGACGCAGCCAGGCCGCCGCACUGCUAGCUGCUACCGUCCCAGAGCAGAAGACAGUCACUUUGGAUGUGGACGUUAACAACCGCAGCGACCGGACUGAAUGGUGCAGCUGUUAUUACCACGGAAACUUCUCCCUCAACGCUGCCUUUGAGAUCAAGCUGCACUGGAUGGCUGUGACCGCUGCAGUACUCUUUGAGAUGGUUCAGGGCUGGCACAGAAAAGCAGCCUCCUGCGGCUUCCUGUUGGUUCCUGUACUGGAGGUUCCUUUCGCUCUGACGUCUUACCUGUAUGGAGACCCGCUGAGAGCCCAGCUCUUCAUCCCUCUCAACAUCCAGUGUCUGCUGAAGAACAGCAGCGACAACCUGUUUGAAGGAUUUGAACCAGAGACAUACUGGGACAGGAUGCAGCUCUUUCAGGAGGCCAUACUGUACAGGUUCGGCUUUGUGCAUGACAAGUUUUCUGCUUCUGCUUUUAAUUUCCCCUCUGAGAAUAAACCCCAGUACAUUCACGUAACAGGCACUGUGUUCCUGCAGCUGCCCUACUCAAAGAGGAAGUACUCCAGUGGGCAGCAGCGCCGACGCAGAAACUCCACCACCUCCAACAGCCACGGGCCAUUCGGCGGCGAGGAGCGGGUCGGUUACUACUGGGCCUACAACACCAUGUUGACCAAAGCCUGGAGGACGGGCGUGCUGGGUGACGAGAAGCUGGCCGACCGCCUGCUCAGAGACUUCACCGACUUCUGCACCAACAAGGACAACAGACUGCUCAACUUCUGGGACAGCUGCCAGGAGAAAAUGAACGCCAGCGCUCCCUGACGGGGAGAGACGACUGGAGGAAGACAUCAUGGAGAAGAAGAUAGAUAAGAACUGUAAAAAAAAUUCUAGGAACUGUUUUAAAACAUUUAUUUAUCCUGCAAAAUCCCGAGCAGUAUUCAUGUGCUUUCUCACAUUGGACUCAGCAAGAAAGAAGAAUCACACAUUCUGCUGAUAAUUGUUGAAAUGUAGGAGAAUAUCGUUGAGAUGAAUUGUUGCUGCUGUUCGGAAGUGUAACACAUCACAUCAGCAAAUAAUAUUAUUACUUAAAUAUUUAAAAUGGAGUGAAACAUGAAAGAUUUCUAUAAAGCAUUCUACUUUUCUUUUCACCUCCUAUCAGUUCAUAAGAUAAAUGAAAACUUCAUUUACUUUACUCUUCUAUUUAUCCUUCACCAGCUCAUUUUGUGUUUGAACUGUAGUUCUCCUAUCAGGCCCUCCACAUUUUAUCACUCUUAUCACAGCUAUUCCCCACACAACAUUUCCUUUUCCUGACAUUUCCAUGUACCCUGCUAGCUUAACUGAAAACACUGGUAGCUAAACACACUGAGCACCAGCCAAGAAGCUGACGCUAACAGAGUUAUCUGACUAAUGUUACUCAGAAGCCUUUAGUUUUGACAUUAUGAGAAAAGAGACAAUAAAUCACACACAUCUACAAAAACUGUUCCCAGUCUCUCCAUAGUUUACACUGUGGUGAGCAGUAAAUUCACAUUCCAGACACAGUACUUUUUGCAUGUAUAAAAUGCAGCACAUUGUGUUGUGGGAUUGGUAACAGCAGUUAGUGUACUUGACUCAUAGGCAGCGCUCAACACAGCAGACAGUAAAUGUAGUUCACAUCAUAAACAGGGAGGGAUUUUAGGCCACAGCCAAGAUGCUGUAUGUGAACGAUUAGCUGGAUAAGUUUGUUAGCAUUAGCAUGUCAAAAACAAAUGUUUUUGCUACUGUUACAAGAGUUUAAACAUAAAUGCUAUAGCAGUGUGCAGUGCUGUAUAUACAUGAUUAACAGUAUGUGCACUGGCUUUUCUAGUGUUAUGAUGAAUGUUAGCUUCAACUAGGUAGCAAGCUGAGAAAAGGCUGCUGUUGUUCAGUGUGUUGUAGCCAUCUUGUUGCCAGGAAAAUGGGAAAUGUUGCUUAGGAAUAGAUGAAUGAUUAAUGAUUGAAAAAUAAAGUGAGCUGGUGAGUUUAGGUGGUUUGUUUGUCCUUAAAAAAUAACCUGUGGAAAAGGAAAAAAUAAAAAGCUUUUAGUUUGUUUUUUUUUCAAAGGAUAACUAUGUUUUAUGUCAUUUUACCCUCCAUUUUAAUUCUUUGACCAACAAUAUUAUUUAUUGAUGUAUUCAGCUGUAUUUCUGGCGUGUCUGAUAACCUCUCCCUACAUUUUGUCCGUUUGGGGUCUCCAUACUUCAUGAGAAACACCUCUCUCAGAAUGACCCGCUGAUCUUUGCAGAUGUUUACACUAUUAAAUGCUUGAUUAAUUGGUUUGGAUGAUGAAACAUAAAACAUUUUAAAUGUCAAAUGCCUUAAGAGCAGAGAUUCUGCUCCAGUGUUGUGUUCUGUUCAUUCUUCAUUUAUCUACACAAUAUAAAUGAUCAAACACC